ACAUCUUUCUCCCUUUCAUGGAUCUCAUCUUGGCAUCCGUCAUGGACUACAUACAGACGGACCAUGGGCGACCAACACCUUCCCUUGUCAAGAUGCUCGAUCGGGAGAGGUGGUUUUGACAUGCCGCCACCCCCAUUUCUCACCCCCACCAAAUUGUUCAGUUUCUUCCAAAGCGGAGUUGCAGUACCACACAGGUUGGCAAAGGGGGAGGCACAGGACCACAAACCUCCAGAACUCAGAUCGAUAGCCAAACGCCCAUAACAAAUGUUCUCCGGCGACAUGGCCGCCGGGCGGUGGAGGGAGCUGCACGGCAGCAACCACUGGGAGGGCCUGCUGGACCCGCUAGACGUGAACCUCCGGCGCUGCCUCAUCACCUACGGCGAGAUGAUCAUGGCCACGUACGAGGCGUUCAUCGGCGAGAGCCGGUCCCCGAACGCCGGGAUGUGCCGGUACCGCCGCGCCGACCUGUUCCGGCGCGUGGACGUGUCCCGCCCCGGGUGGUACGAGGCCACGCGGUACCUCUACGCCACGGCCAGCGCCGAGGUGCGCGGGAAGGUGCUCCUCCGGCCGCUCUGCCGGCAGGGCCGCGCCAGGGAGUGCAACUGGAUGGGGUAUGUCGCCGUGGCCACGGACCAGGGCGCCGCCGCGCUCGGGCGCAGGGACAUCGUCGUGGCGUGGCGCGGCACGCAGCGCGCGCUCGAGUGGGUGGCCGACCUCAAGCUCGCGCUCGCCUCGGCGGCGGGUAUCCUGGGUCCGGAGGGCGCCGGCGGCUCCGACCCGUCGGUGCACCGCGGGUACCUGUCGCUUUACACGUCGGCCGACGAAGGCUCCAACCUGAGCAAGCAGAGCGCCAGAAUGCAGGUGUUGACAGAGAUCGCAAGGCUAAUGGACAAAUACAAGGACGAGGAGACGAGCAUCACCGUGGUUGGCCACAGCCUCGGCGCGACCAUGGCCACCCUGAACGCCGCCGACAUCGUCGCCAAUGCCUACAACAAGACCCCGGGCUACGACAGCCGCCGUGCUCCGGUGACAGCCAUCGUGUUCGGCAGCCCACGCACGGGGGACCGCGACUUCCGGGACGUCUUCCACCGCCUCCCGGACCUCCGGAUGCUCCGCAUCCGGAACAGGCCGGACCGCAUCCCGCACUACCCGCCCGUGGGCUACGCCGACGUGGGCGUCGAGCUGCUCAUCGACACGCGCCGGUCGCCGUUCCUCAAGCCCCACGGCAACGAGUCGCAGUCGCACGACCUCGAGGUCCACCUCCACGGCGUCGCCGGCUGGCAGGGCGACCACGGCGGGUUCGAGCUGGUGGUGGACCGGGACGUUGCGCUGGUGAACAAGUUCGACGACUGCCUCGCCGACGAGUACCCGGUGCCCGUGGGCUGGAAGGUGCACCACAACAAGAAUAUGGUGAAAGGGCCCGACGGGAGGUGGGUCUUGGAGGACCAUGAGCCAGACUACGAAGACGAGGAUGACAACGUCGACUUGUAGAGCAACCAGAAACAAGCAUGAUUUGGACGUCGUCCAGUCCCGCCAGGCGAAGCCAGCCGAUUGUGUUUUGUGUUGCUACUAUUGAUCUUAUCCCGAUGUUUUGAAAGGUCUUGGGAGCACUGAAUGGUGAAAUGAAUUAUAUGUCUAACAAUAAUUAAAGAUAUUAAA